UCUUGGCAGAGAUACAGGCUACUCCAGAGCAGCAGCAGCCAGUGGAGAAAUGGAGAUGCAGACCUAUUAUGCCAAGCUCUUGGGGGAGCUGAAUGAACAGAGGAAGAGGGACUUCUUCUGCGACUGCAGCAUCAUUGUGGAAGGGCGCAUCUUCAAGGCCCACAGGAACAUUUUGUUUGCUAACAGCGGCUACUUCCGGGCCCUGCUCAUUCACUAUAUCCAGGACAGCGAGCAACAUAGCACUGCCUCCUUAGACAUUGUCACCUCUGAUGCCUUCUCCACCAUUUUAGAUUUCCUUUAUUCUGGGAAGUUGGAUUUGUGUGGGGAGAAUGUAAUUGAAGUUAUGUCAGCUGCCAGCUACCUGCAGAUGAAUGACGUGGUGAAUUUCUGCAAGACCUACAUCAGGUCUUCCCUUGAUAUUUGCCGAAAGAUGGAGAAGGAGGCUGCUGUGGCUGCAGCGGUGGCAGCAGCUGCAGCAGCGGCUGCAGCCCAUCACGUUGACUGUGGAAGCCCCAGUUUAGGCAAGGAGGGGACCUCUUGUGGUACCAAGAGCUUGGUCUCUUCCCCUGCCAAAGGACAAGAGAGUGUGAACUAUAGAAGAGAGUCUCCUUGUGAUGACUGUGGGGACUGCCACCCCUUGGAACUGGUGGUGAAAGAUCGACAUGGCAGUGGCUCGGCUGACAGCGACCACUCUAUUCUGUCCAAACAAGUAGAGCCCAAGGUGGAAUUCGAUGCUGCGGAGGUGGAGGUGGAGGUUGGGGAGCAGCUGCAGCCAUACACAGCCCCACUGAGCCUGGCCCAUGUGGAGGACAGCCUGCCCAGAGGCCAAGCCAUGGAGUUGGCCUAUAGUAACUAUCACGUGAAGCAGUUCCUGGAGGCUCUCUUGCACAAUGGUGCUGUCCAGAGCAAAGAUGACGCUGACCAUCACUUUUCUCGAGGUUUGGAGGGAAGACCAGAAGGUGUGGGAGUAGCCAUGAGUUCCAUGAUGGACGUUCAGACUGACUGGUAUGGAGAGGACUCAGGUGAUGUGCUGGUGGUCCCCAUCAAGCUCCACAAGUGUCCUUUCUGCCCGUACACUGCCAAACAGAAAGGCAUCCUCAAGCGCCACAUCCGCUCCCACACAGGCGAGCGGCCCUACCCUUGUGAGACCUGUGGCAAGAGGUUCACCCGACAGGAGCACCUGCGGAGCCACGCCCUGAGCGUCCACAGAUCCAAUCGUCCAAUCAUCUGCAAGGGCUGCCGAAGAACCUUCACCAGCAACUUGUCUCAGGGGCUGCGGCGCUUUGGGCUAUGUGACAGCUGCACCUGUAUCACAGACACUCACGAGGACGACAAUGAUCUGAUGCCCAUUAACCUUAGCCUGGUGGAGGCUUCAUCCGAAAGCCAGGAGAAGGGUGACACAGACAAUGACUGGCCAAUCUAUGUGGAGUCUGGUGAGGAGAAUGACCCUGCCAAAGAGGGUUCUGAUGACAGACCACAAAUUCAGUCCAACUUAUCAGACCACCAGACACUUACAUAGCAAUAAAUUGGAAGGGAAGACGUUUUAGAAUGUGUUCUGGCUCAUUCUGUGGUGAAAGCCACCAUUUGUCUGAUUUUGUGGAGCCCUAAAAGGAACAUUUUUUUCACUGUCACUAUAAUUGCUUCUUUUUUUUUUUUAUAAUUGCACUUUUGUUGGGUUUGGCUGGGUUUUGUGACUGAAAAGACCAAUGGCUUUUUAGUGUCCUACUCUUGGUUUCUGAGGGCUUUGGAGGCCACCCUUUAAUUUUGAGUGAAUCAAGGUUGGACCUGAAACUUCUUGUUUUUCCUACUAUCAUCUAACUCUGGUUAGGAAGAGAAGAAAAUCUCCAAGCUCGUUUUUCACAUUGUCUCAGUCCUCUGCAUUCCUUUGUCAUCAUCCUCUUUCUCUGAAAAGGUAGUAAGAAUACUCAAAGUUUGGGGAUCAGUCUUCCCUUUGCCAACCCUCUCCUAAUGGAUUCCACAUCAUAAUUUUCUGAUGAAGUAUGAAAGAGGAAGUUUUGUUGAUGUAAAGCAGGGCUGUCUGUCUACAUGAUAAUAAAAGUUACCCUUGAAAGCUAAGACUGUAAUUUUAAAGGCUGGGAGUACUUAUGUUAAAAUGAGCAUGGAAAUGAGCUGAAAGACUUAUUAAAGGUAGCCUAGAUUGCCCAGUUGAAUUAAAUUUUACAUUUGCCCCAGAAAGAAACCCUAUGACCCAGGAUGAGUGGUAGCCCUGUCUAGUUUGGUAUUUGUCCAUUACACACACACACACACACACACACACACACACACUGUGUUCUGAUAUACAACAAGUCAUCUUCACUAAACUCAAAAUGCUCUCCUGUUUCCCAGCCAUUUCCCAGAGACUUGCUGUAUAGCCUGGAAAUGUAGCCACCUCUUGACCUUGUUUUACUCAGUUUAUGCCCAGAACUUUAAUUGGAGGGCAAGUGUCCUCUAAAUCACUUAGCUUUUAAAAGACCUCAAAGGAAAGAGAAGGUUAAUAGAACAGGUUUUAAAACUUGUCUGCAUUUCACCCACCCUACACCCACAUAUUUUAACAAAAAAGUCUGAACUUCUCUCUCUCUUUUUUUUUUUUUUGGUCUUUUGAGACAGGGUCUCACUAUGUAGUUCAGGCUGGCCUUGAACUCACUAUGCAGCCCAGGCAGGCCUCAAACUCAUGACAAUCCUCCUGCCUCAGCCUCCCAAGUGCUGGGACUACAGGCGUACGCCACCACACCUGGCAGGGCUGAACUUCUUUAAAGGGCAGGAGAUACUUGGGAUAAAGGAUGUACUUGAAAGUACUUUCAUAAUUUUGUCAUACGUUAAAAUACCCAAAAUGGAUUUUAAAAGGAAACCUCUUGCUUUCCUGUAAUUUUACUACCGUGUGUCUCAAAAGGUAGUACAAUUGCGUGUGUGUGUGUGUGUGUGUGUGUGCCUCUUGAACAAAAACAAGCAUUGUAAAUUAGCUUGUAAGUGUUAGUCUGGUUGUUGAAGAGUUAGAAAAUUUUGGUUUUGGGUUGGGUUUUUUUGCAGCACUGUGCUCCCAGGCCCUAGAAAAGUGUUGAAUCAUACUUCUCAGUCAUAGUUGUACUUCUAGGACAGUGCUUCUCAAGCUACGGCCACGGGCAGGCACUGCUCUGUAAAUUGUGGUCUGAGACAGGAGAAUCAGAAAUUAAGCAUAAAGAAAAUUUUUUGAUACUUUUUUUUUUCUGUGGUACUGGGGAUUGAACCAUGGGGGGACUGAGAUAUAUCCCCACCCCUUUUCAUUUUUUCGUUUUGAGGUAGUCUCACUAAGUUGCCCAGCCUCGAGCUUGUGAUCUUUUCUGCCUCAGCAUUCCCAAGUCACUGGAAUUAUAGGUGUCCACCAUUGCACUCAACUUUUAAGAAACUUUGACAUUGCUGUGACAGGCAACACCUACCCAUGCGAUCAGUGGCCUCAUCUUGAACAGGGCAUGGACCAGCUCAAGGUGGCAAUUGGUGAGUGCCUUGGACAAAAGCUAGAUACCAGGCCACACAGAGAGAUCACAUAUUGUUCUGCAGAAGAUUGGAAAUCUAAAAACUGGUCUUGUCCACAGGUCAUAUUGAAAAAUAUUAUUCUAGAUCCAGAGUUAUACAUUGAAAAUGAUCAGGGACCAGGAAAAUUUUCUUAUCUGAAACGAACAUGUUAGCUGUUAUUUUUAAAAAAGAGACCAUAGCAAAAAGAAAUUUAAAUGGAUAUGUAGAUUUAUUUUGCAAAGAUUUAUUUUGUCAGUUUUGCUUUCUUAUUUAUUUCUGAUGUUUUAAAUAUGACUUUUCUACCUCACAGAUCAACUUCUCUGUCUACUGUCUCUGGUGGUGCCACGAUCCUCUUCAGUGAUCCUGUGACCUAUUCAUAUCACUGAGUAAAAAAUUUCACAUUAGAGAUUUCACUGUUAAGACAGCGAUUCUCAAUGGGGAGCGAGUUUACCCUGAAGAGGACAUUUGGGAGUGUCUGGAGAUGUCCUAAGUUGUUAUGACACAGGAUAGGGUGCUGCCAGCAUCUAGUGGGUAGAAGCUAGGGGGUCCUUCUAAACAUCCUAUAAUGCAUAGGACAGGCUCAUACAACGAAGAGUUGUCCAGUUCAAAAUGUCAGAAAGCCCACUAUAAAACAAAGUUGGAUUUUUCCCUGUUUGUUUAUUUCUUUAAGGUCUCACUAUGUAGUUCAGGCUGGCCUUGAACUCACUAUAUAGCCCAG